AUGCGCACGUACAUCGUGGCCGCCCAGAGGCGGCAAGGAAUCCCUUUACGGCUGGCUGCCCACUGCUCGUGUGGCGUAAUGUGCGAGGGGUCCUCCGAGAGAGUGACGGGGCUUACGUCGUUCAUUAGGGUCAGCGCUCUUGUGGCCGCUAAUUGGGCGCUGUCAGCCCGUCACGGUAGCCCCGGGCACCACUUUCGCCGGGGGUGCUGGCUAAGCAAGAAGCGAUCGGGGCACGGCGAAUCUCCUAUGACCACACCGCGCCAGGGGUCGCCGCCGCGCUGGACAGGUACAGUAGAGCGCCUUCCUGCUAUAAAGCGAGUCAAGAAGCGACCAGCAGGAUCUGCGAGAAGAAAACCGCUCUACGACCAUGGUCACGGUCACAUCGAGGACCCAGGAUAUACGCCCUUCAUCAACGAUGCGGGAGAGGUGCCUGUCCGCGUAAAAGUCAUAUCGGCCGAGUGCCACGAGGCACUCAUGCGCAUCGAGCUGCACUUCAAUGGCUCGUUCCUGGGCCUGGUGUACAGCACGGGCUACGCGCACGACCCGGACUGCGUCUACGUGAACGGCUCCGGGGGCGCCACCUAUACGCUUGACGUGCGCGCCAACCGCUGUGGAACCCUCGGUCGCAGCGACCUGCUAGUCCAGCCGGCAGCACCUUCGUCAGCAGGCGAGAAGGUCCGUGGUCACCAGCUUUGGAACUCACUAACGGUGCAGUACAACCGGCAAAUCGAGGACUCGGCUGACGAAAGGUUUCGCGUGACGUGCGAGUACGCAUUCGACUACUGGAAGACGGUCUCCUUCCCGCUGCUAAACGUCGAGGUAAACACCGGCACAGCGGUGGUGUUCACCCUGCCGCCUCCGCAGUGCAGCAUGGAGGUGCGCCUGGGCUACGGCCUCUCCGGUCCUCGGGCACAGGGACCAGUCACAGUGGGCGACCCGCUCACUCUCGUCAUCACUAUGACCAGCGUGCUGCGGGACGUCGAUAUCCUCGUGAGCAACUGCGUGGCUCACAACGGAGCCGACCAGAAGCUGCAACUCGUUGAUGUGCACGGUUGCACCUUGCAGGAGCGUCUUCUGAGUGCCUUCCGAGGUUCGCAUUCCACUCGUGCGGAAGGGGGUCAAGAGGUGGCGCUGUUUGCCUUCCUCAAGGCCUUCCGCUUCACAGGCAGCAGGGCUCUGUACGUCGAGUGCGACGUCCACAUGUGCCACAGUUCCUGCCCGGCGCAGCAGUGCUCGUGGCGCCAGCGCCGCAAGAGAUCAGCAGCUCUCGAAGGCAACGACACAGCGACGCCAUUCGAGACGCUGAACUUAUUCCAGGCCCUCGAGGUUCUCCACACGGACGCGGACGCCCAGCAAAGCCUUCCAUACUCUGAUCCCAGUGGCAGCUUGGUGUGCCUGAAGGCGACGGGCUUUGCAGCCGGAGUUGCUCUGAUAUUCUUGAUGAUGUCCCUAUGUUUUGGACUGUCGGCCUGCACAGUUAUUAAGCUCAGGGGAAAGAAGCCAACGAAAGCCGGUCCUGUUGAAGACGAUAAUCAGCCUCCCGACUACUGAGUUCUGAAUUCAAACAAAAGAAAAAUAAGCGACAAUAUCAGCAAGAGCCGUUGGGCCUAUCUGAAGCUUCCGUUAGCGACGAACAUGUCAUAGGGAGCAGUUUUCAUGUUGAAAACUUGCAUAUCCAGUCUUAUAGGGUCUCACAAACUCGACUCUCAUUAAAGCCGGAUACGAAGCAAUAGCCAACGGCGUUGUUGAGGCAACAAGUUACCAAACAGUGUAAAUAAGCUGCGCAAUUUUAAACGCCUAUAAGGGUGCUAGAGUGCAGAAUCAAGUUUAGUGUCUUCAAGUCAUUUUUAAAACUUAUUCUGCAUUGGCCUACCAGCAGAGUUUUACUAAUGUCGAGAGGAAAUAAAAUUCACGAUAGUCGUUCUCAA